AUGGACGAUGGUUGGGAGUUCCUCAUAUGGGUUCUCGCGACCUUCCUUUUCAGUAUCCUCGUACUGGCCAUCAUGGACUGCAUCGAGAGGCGACAAAGACGACUGGAGGAUGAAGCCGCGAUCGGGGCUGCGGUGGCGACGGAGAUGGCCCGGGCGGACGGCGCUGCGGCGAUAGUGCGCGAGAUACUGGACUACGUGUCGUUGCCACGGCAGCACCAGCCGGGCGGCGCUGCUGCUGCUGCCGCGGGCGACGGGUCGAGGACGGCAACAGAAAGGCCGGAGUGCGUGUUUUGCCUUGGGGAGCUGGAGGAUGAAGAGAACGCCGAGGAGUGGAUUGUCCUCAAGACGUGCAGGCACGAGUUUCACCGGAAGUGCAUGGCCAAGUGGAUCCUGCAGAAGAAGAGCAGCUGCCCCACAUGCAGAGCACUGGUGUGGCCAGACGUAUUGCCGGAAACGCCGCCUCUUGCUGAUAUGGUCUAG